AUUUAGAAGUGACUUUAAAAAGCUAUAAAUUAUUAAUAAAAUCUCUCUGUCUCUCUCUUCUAAACUGGUAAACUCUAACUAAACUAGCAUUAAACUGGAAAGAUCUAUGACUCUGACUUCAAAAUUUCACUCCUUAUUUUCAUAGAUUACAUUCAUACAUACAUACAUAGAUCUGAAAAUGGCGCUACCGCGUCUUUCAUUCUUUGCAUUCUCUCUCAUUCUCAUUCUCACUCUCAUUUCCUCUCCUCUCGCUCUCUCCAAAACCCUCAAACGCGACGUGAAAGCUUUGAACGAAAUCAAGGCGUCGCUAGGGUGGAGAGUGGUGUACGCUUGGGUUGGAGACGAUCCUUGUGGAGAUGGAGAUCUGCCGCCGUGGUCCGGCGUCACUUGCUCCACUCAAGGCGAUUACAGAGUCGUCACCGAAUUAGAAGUAUACGCGGUUUCGAUCGUUGGACCUUUCCCUACUGCUGUGACUAAUCUCUUGGAUCUCACUAGGCUGGAUUUUCAUAAUAACAAGUUGACUGGCCCAAUUCCUCCUCAGAUCGGACGGUUGAAGCGUCUUAAAAUACUUAAUUUGAGGUGGAAUAAACUACAAGAUAUCAUACCUCCUGAAAUUGGUGAACUGAAGAGUCUAACUCAUUUAUAUCUGAGCUUCAAUAGUUUCAAGGGUGAAAUCCCUAGGGAGCUUGCGAACCUUCCAGAGCUUCGGUAUCUCUAUCUACAAGAGAAUCGUCUUAUUGGGAAAAUUCCUGCAGAAUUGGGAACUCUUCGAAAUCUUCGGCACCUGGAUGUUGGUAACAAUCAUUUGGUGGGUACCAUAAGGGAACUCAUACGCAUUGAGGGAUGCUUUCCAGCUCUUCGCAACCUUUAUCUAAAUAAUAACUAUUUAACUGGAGGAAUACCAGCACAACUUGCAAAUUUGACCAACUUGGAAAUCUUUUACCUCUCCUACAAUAAAAUUUCUGGAUCUGUACCAACUGGACUUGCUAAUAUUCCUAAAUUGAUCUACUUGUACUUGGAUCACAACCAGUUGACAGGGAGAAUUGACUCUGAAUUCUAUAAACACCCUUUCUUGAAAGAAUUGUAUAUUGAGGGUAAUUCAUUCAAGCAAGGCGUAAAGCCAAUCGGUGUCCACAAAGUCCUUGAGGUUUCUGACACUGAGUUCCUCGUUUAGUUAAGAAAUCAACUUAUUCUUUACUAGAUUAGAUAUUGUAAUUGUAUAUUGCCAAAGCAAAGGGUUUAUGUACUCUGGGAAAUAGUUAAUUUUGUCCGUCUCUUAUUGUCAUUAAGGAACUUCAGUUAAAGUUUAUCGUUGACGAUUACUCAUUCUGCUA